GCGCCUCUAGCGUACUACUGUAGUAUAGCAACAUGCAGCCUGUAGCAUGGAUAGCAGUUAUCUUGGCUUGCUGCUGCUCUAUAACUAAACAUGACAUGCAAUGAUCGGCCUCUCCGUCAUUAUUUAUUUAUUUCACUGUCUACUUUAACAAUGCAGCAACGAACGUCCAUCCAGAACGGUGUCAUCCGAUGUUUUGAUUGGAUUACAGCGAGUUAGCCUUUGCCCUCUAACCUCUUUGAUUUUUGGCUAGCUGCUUCCUGCUCCCCAUACCCCCCCCCCUCCCCCUCCCCCUCGCCCCCUCCACCUCCCUCGUAAGGAACCGACAGAUUCACGGAGCAACUACGCCUGCCGAAGCCGCUCGGCGAAGCGCCCAGUGCGGACACAGGAGGACCGGGACGAGCCGCCACCAGCGAACUCUGAGCAGAGCUUAGCUGAGCCGAGCCACCGAACAGUCGGCAGGCGAACAAGACACGGGGAGAAAAAGAGAACCAUGCGGAGAAAAUCGAGGAUAUUGUUAUGUUUUGCGGUGCUGUGGGUGCUGGGGAUAGCCUACUACUUCUACUCCGGGACGGCGUUGGGGCGAAAGGAUGACUGGGACUCUGGUGAUUCGUCCAUCCAAAACAAAGCUCACAACUCUGACGACAAAACUCUGGAGACACUUCCAUCUGGUAAGGUCCGCUGGCAGGACUUUGACCAGGAUCUGUAUGUUGGAGCCACGGUUGUUCGGCCGGGUCAGGACCCGUAUGCCAGAAACAAGUUCAACCAAGUGGAGAGCGAUAAACUCCGUAUGGACAGAGCGGUGCCGGAUACCAGACAUGACCAUUGCAGACACAAGCAAUGGAAGUCAGACCUGCCAGCUUCGAGCGUGGUCAUCACCUUCCACAAUGAAGCCCGCUCCGCCCUGCUGCGCACCGUUGUCAGUGUCUUGAAGAAAAGUCCAACUCACUUGGUCAAAGAGAUCAUCUUGGUUGAUGACUACAGUGAUAAUGCUGAGGAUGGAGCGCUGCUCGGCAAGAUCGAGAAAGUCAGAGUGUUGAGAAACGACCGCAGAGAAGGACUGAUGCGUUCGAGGGUUCGUGGUGCAGGUGCUGCCACUGCUCCAGUCCUCACCUUCCUGGACUCCCACUGUGAAUGUAAUGACCACUGGCUCGAGCCGCUUCUCGAGAGAGUAGCUGAGGAUAAGACCAGAGUGGUUUCUCCUAUAAUCGAUGUCAUCAACAUGGACAACUUCCAGUACGUGGGAGCUUCGGCUGAUCUGAAAGGAGGUUUCGACUGGAAUCUGGUGUUUAAAUGGGAUUACAUGACACUGGACCAGAGACGAGCAAGACAAGGCAACCCUAUCGCCCCCAUAAAGACUCCCAUGAUAGCUGGAGGUCUGUUUGUCAUGGAUAAGGAUUACUUUGAGCAUUUAGGGAAAUAUGACAUGAUGAUGGAUGUCUGGGGAGGAGAAAAUUUGGAGAUCUCAUUUCGCGUGUGGCAGUGCGGCGGGAGUCUGGAAAUCAUCCCGUGCAGCCGAGUUGGACACGUGUUCAGAAAGCAACACCCGUAUACCUUCCCUGGUGGCAGCGGCACGGUCUUUGCAAGGAACACCAGAAGAGCCGCCGAGGUGUGGAUGGAUGAGUAUAAAAACUUCUACUACGCCGCGGUCCCCUCGGCAAGAAAUGUGCCCUACGGGAACAUCCAGAGUCGUUUGGAUAUGAAGAAGCGUUUAGCCUGUCAGCCCUUUAAAUGGUACCUGGAGAAUGUCUACCCUGAGCUGCGGGUCCCUGAUCACCAAGACAUUGCAUUUGGAGCAUUACAACAGGGAGGAAACUGCCUGGACACCUUGGGACAUUUUGCUGACGGAGUGGUGGGCGUUUACGAAUGCCACAAUGCCGGAGGAAACCAGGAAUGGGCCCUGACUAAGGAUAAGUCAGUCAAACACAUGGACUUGUGCUUGACUGUGGUGGAGAGAACAGGCGGCUCCCUCAUCAAGCUGCAGGGCUGUCGAGAGAACGACAGCAGACAGAAAUGGGAGCAGAUUGAGUCCAACUCGAAGCUUCGUCACGUGGGCAGCAACCUGUGUCUGGACAGCCGCAGUGCCCGAAUGGGUGGUCUCACUGUGGAGGUGUGCAGCCCCAACCUGAGCCAGCAGUGGAAGUUUACCCUGAAUUUACAAUCAUAGGGGUGGGGGCAACAUGACCCACGCCAUCCCAGGAGCUGGACACACCGACAGACUCUGAAGACGACCGGGGGGUGAACUAGUCCGUCUUGGUCCUCCUCAGGGUGUCGGAGGUCAUUUUUUUACACGCCCGUCCCUGCCUUCCAACACAAAAACAGACAAGCGGAGGGAGGCCCCCUGAACAGGAAGUGACUGUUGGGUCGUUAAUGAUGAAGAUACAGGCUCUCCAUCCAAAUGACUACAUACCUCAGUGUUUUGUCAUUGGCGCUUUCACGAGGGUAAUCACGUGUGAACUCUUCCAGGCUUUUUCUUUUCUUCAAUGCUGUUGAAAAUGGACUCCAGUGAUUUUAUUUUGUAGUUCUAUGUCUUAUGUUUUUUUUCUUUCCUCCAGAUUUUCCUCAAACAGAGCCAGAGUUAACCAACUUUGUUUUUGUUUUUUGGGGAGGUGGGGCUUCACAGGACCAUCAGAGACGAAGAGAUUUCCACAGCAGGCAGUGGAGGAUUUUACUGAACAUUUUCAAGAGUUGUGGUCUGCCCUCAGGCUGUAGCACUGGCUGCUGCACUUUACCAUCCUCAUUUUCUUCUUUAAAGCGACAACAAGGAUCUCUUAACAGCCACUUUUUGUUUACAUCCCUCAGAAAGCAAAUUGAAAAAAAAAAGAAAAAAGAAACACCCUCCAAAGGACAGCCGAGGACUGAUGUGAUGUCUUUUCUUUACUAUCGCUGCUCUUCGGCUCCCUCGGGGAAGCGUUUUACACGACUUCUGUUUGUUUUGUGAUUUUAUUUUGCUCACCACAUCAAACUGAAUUUGUGUAAUUUACUGUCUCUUUCUCUGGUUCUCUGAGGGUAACAGGAAUAAAUAACCUAAUCUCAUAUUAGUGUUUCUCGACCCUGACCUUAACAAAGCACCGCUGUAUGAGGCUGACUUAACCACGCUUACCAGGGCGUAGCCUCGCAGGGAUUUAUUGUGGCCUCAGUUUUUUGGGGAUCUGGUUGACAUGUUGUGUGCUACUAAGAGUACUUGUCAAUAUGUUGUAAUGUUAUUCCACAGUGUCAUCAUCACACUACUGUGCAAAAGUCUUGGGCCACCACUAGCUUUUUUUGUUUUAAUGGACUACAGGACACAAUUAGCAGGAUUACACAUCAUGGACCAAGUAAGAAGCCAUUACAUUUUGGUGAGAAUCUAAAUAAAGGUGCUAAUACCAGAAUUAAUUAUGGCAUGAUAUGAACAGAAUCUUAACCAGUUUCUUGUUGUCAUCCUCCAUGAACCAGGAAGCAACAUGCUAACUAUCAGACAAGACAAAUACAUUCCAUACAUUCUUUUUUUUUUUUUGUGUUACCGGUACUUAUUGUAUCUUGUCAGUAGGAAUUCAACGAUUAACCAUUCUUACUAUUAACCCCAAUUAAAAGCGUCAAAAUUAUUUAAUCGCAAAGGCCCCAUUACACUGUGUUUCAGUCCUCCUAACUCGCUAUAAACACACUUUAUGCUGGUACGAUAGUUCCGGCACCACCUGCACGGAACAAAAACAGUUGCAUACUAUCGCGAGACACGCUAGUAUGCUGAGUUGAAAAUAAAGCUUUCACUGACAAGCAAAAGCUUGCAAGGUGAACAAACUUUAACACAGAUGGGAAGAAGUCAUUUCUAAACAAGACUAUAGGCAUUAAUAUAUAGCAAGUGUAAAACACUACCAGAACAUCAGGAGCUUGUAUAAUAACAGCGCUAUAUCAUGGUAUCUAAUUGUGUGCAAUCCAGGUAUUAUUAACACUUAAAGUAAAUUAUUAAAAAUGAAUAAAUCGGCAUGGACGACAGUUGAUGACAAUAACACUUGAGACAUGAGUAACAUUUUCCCCUGGGGGAUCAAUGAAGUUAACCAUAGUCCUAUUUUAAUAAUACAAUUAUUACUCAAUGAUGUAUUAUUUUGUACUAUUAUUGUAAUAUUAUUUGAUUACUGUUAUUUCCGACAGUAAUAGACAAUGCAUUAAAAUCUGUAGGGAACUUGAUUUGCUAAAAUGUUAUGUUGUGACAUUAAUCCAUGCAUAAUAAUCGUGAAACUGAGAUUAUUACUCAGACAAUAAUCGUACAGUCAAAAUCUAUAAUGGUUGUAAGAGACAUUGUAAGUAUAUGCGGCCAUGAAAGUUUUGAUCAAACAACAUUUUCUAACAGUGGCUUAAGACUUUUGCACUGCACUGUUUGUACACCGUAUUGUAAAUCAGGAUUAUGCCCAAUGGGAUGCAUUGUGGUGUUCUGCAAUCAUGUUUUUAAUUCAUUUCUGCUCAUUUAGAUUUCCAGUUGAGUUGAUCGUCCAGUUUCUGUGACUGUUGAAGCAAAUAUAAGAUUGUUUUGUAUUAAGUGAUGAUUUCCACUUCAAUCAGAGGAGCAAACCUUCAAAUAUUUAGAUCUUUUAUUAUCGGUGUUGACUUUUACUUUCACUUUUACUAACCAUUAUGUCAGACUGAAGGUGUUUGGGGGCCCCUCAGAGAUUGUACGAUUAUGUAAUAAGGCUGAACAUCAUUUGCCUUUAAACAUAACUGAAGUUCAUUUAGCAGAUUUUACAAAUAUGUUUUCCUUAUUUCUUCCAAGCUGCCGUGCCUCCCCUGAAUCCAUUUUUGUUGAGAAAACAACAUUUAUUUUCAUUUUAGAGAGAGAAACUGCAACCGCUUUCUCACACUUUUAAGUUAAGAAAGAGACCCGGACAACUGGUCCUAUUGUUCAUGUUCUUUUCUGAUGUUUCUUUUUUUUUUUAGUCUUUUUUUGGGGGUCUCUUUACCUUUGUCUUAAACUUGUUGCUGACACUGCAGCUUGCAUGCAUGCAGAGCCUAUCCUGACACUUGAGGCUGCACCCGUAGGUGCCAGGCAGGCACAGAGUGGGGACUAGUGUUGCCAUAGUGACCAAAAGGCCCAAAUAUUGAUUGAUUUAGGAAGUUACAAUAUCAAAUUAUUUCAAAUGAAGUUUGUAAAAUGCAAUAGAAAUUUCAACCUGGAUGAUUUCCAUCACAUAUAUUGUACAUGUAUUGUUUUUUAUUUUUUUAAGUUUUACAUUUUGUAUUUUGGCUUGCAAGAAAGGUGUACUCCCAUAUUAUUAGAAGAAAGUUAAUUAUUGGGUUGCCAUGGUGGUAGAAAAAUUGCCUAAUGAUAUUUUCUGAAUUUUGCAUCCUUCUCCAGAGUCAUUUUCAUUUUCAUUACAGCUAAUUUUACAACCUAGUUUGUCCUAAUAUGCACAUGUUUGGAUUCUUAAUCCUGUGGGAUAUUUACAAAGUUAAGGACUUUCUUUGGGGUACAGCGCCAUCUCCUGGCCUAGAGUAGCAACUGGAGGAGCAGUAAAAGAAAGUACAACCUGUGAAGAACUAGAAGCAGUGUUAUAAAUAGCUUGUAUUAACUCUUGCUGCACAUACCGAGUUACCAUGGCAACAGAGACUGCUAUUCUUUUUCAAAGGGUGAAAUAUUGACUAUCACAGUUUGGGUGAGAUGACAUGAAAUGUUUACAUCUUUAGCACCAUGUGCCAAAGUGUCUGUGAAUGGCAAUGGUUGUAAGCAGGGUAUUAAACCUCUCAGCUGGGUGGUUUAACGUCGUUUAGCUGAGUUGUGUUGUCACGAUGAAGGAAGUUCAAAGGUCAGCUUUAUGUAGUCGUGCGCACAACUCGCCUCCCACUUUAAAAUCUCCUCAACCAAUCGUCACAUUUACAAUUAGUGAAGAUAAGACUCGGGGAAAGGUCACUUUGAGUCUUAGUAAGAUGGAAACAACUAUAAAAGUGUAUAUUUUUGUACAUACCUACAUCCCAAUGAUGUACAUGAUGUACGCGCACUAUCAGUGUACUCAGCCGUUCCUAGUUUUGUUGUCACACUGUACAGCGCUUCUAACUGUUCCCUCUUUUAUAGACACUGCAGACUUUGAAUGAGGAGAAAUGAUUAACUUAAAUAAAUGCUUUGUAUACA